AAAAUUCUUCCUGCUGAUCAAUUAAUCAUAAUUAUCAUAUUUAAUUAUUUAUCAUAUUAUGUAUGUAUGUAAUCAAAAAAUCGUAUAUUUAUAUCUAUGGGCCAGAAAGAAAUUCAUAAAAAUUUUAACUAUUAUUUCUAUUUGUAACCGUGAAGAAACUGAUAAACUUUUAUAUCUUUCAAAUUUGUAUGACAACAAUUCAAAUUAAACUAAUAAAUUGGGGAGUUUUAGACUAUAUUAUUGUUUGUUGUUCACUGUUAAGAAUGGAAAAAUGUAGAAUAUGCCUUAAAGGCACAAAAAAAAUAAGGUCUGUUUUCGACAAAGAGGGUGGGAUUUUGUUUAUCGAUAUGAUAACUUCAUUAUGCAACAUAAAAGUCACAAGGGAUGAUAAGAUAACAUAUAUAUGCUUACCAUGUUCUCAAAAACUCAAAGAAGCAUUUUAUUUCAAAAACAUGAUUGAAAUGUCUCAUUUGUUUUUAACUCACGAUACUACUUCAAAAAGGAUAUAUUUCAACAACAUUGAUGAAGUCAAAAUUAAAAUUAGUGUGAAGAAAGAAAUUUACGAAAAUGAUUUAAGUAAAAUGAUUUUAGAAAAUUGGUUUAGUAAUGACUCUGAGAAACAGUUAAUUUGUUUUAAAAAUACCACAAUAAAGAAAGUGGCAUCGAAAAAUUGUGCAGCUGCAGAUAAACAGGAGAAUAUUAAUGAUUAUUUUAAAUCAUUCAAAAAUGAACCAAUUUAUGAAAAUUCUUAUCAAGACUAUGAUUAUGAACCUUAUGAGCACAGCAAUGGUGAUGACGAGUAUCUACCACCGAAAUAUGUAACUGGUACAAAAGGAACUAAGUAUCGCAAAGGGAAAGAAAUCAGAAAUACUGGGAACAAGAAAAUCAGAGCAACAAAAAUAACUAAGCACAGACCUCUGAAAGUUUUUAUUAAACCUGUGCUUUUGGAAGACAUUAGAAUUGUUCGCACAAAAGUGAAGCAAAACGACAUAACCCCAGUAAAACGCAAAAAAGCGAUAAAUAUCAUUAAACAAAUGUGUAACUAUUGUGGGAAAAUGACCUCGUCGAUGAAAACACAUAUAUUGGUUCACACAGGAAAGAAAACACAUAAAUGCGAUAGCUGUGCAAAAGCUUAUUACACUCUUGAUCGGCUGAAAGCACAUAAAAAGAGACACGAAUUGGAAAGAAAAUAUAAAUGCGACCAGUGCGUCGCCAAAUUCAGCGACAUGCAUUCCCUAAAAGGGCACAUGGCAGUACACAAUGACGAAAAACAAUUUGUUUGUGAAAUUUGUAAUAAAUCUUUCAAAAGAAUUAAUGGUCUUAAACGACACGUAAUUUAUCAUAAUUCUGCAAACAAAAAAAUUAAAUGUGACCAAUGUGAUAUGACUUUCUUUUCAAGCACUAGUCUAAAACAUCAUGUCAGAGUCCAUACAGGAGAAAGGCCUUACAGAUGCGAGAUAUGUUCGCAAGGUUACAGUUACAAACACGACUUCAACAGACACUGUUUUAAAAAACACGGUGUGUUCCUCAAACGGAGACUAGUGAGCAUCAUGAACGAAGAGGUACUAAUCAAGGAACGAGAUCUGAUGAGGGCUCUUAUGCUAAGAUUGCACGGGGUAUUGCAAGGUGACGACCCUAUCAAGGAGUUUGAAGGUCCGCAAGGUUAUAAAGCGCUAGAACAGGCUAUACAACUCUUGGAGACUAAACAGCUACCAGUAGACAUUUAAAAUACGGUCUAUUCUUUUAACAUGUAGCUUGCUGUGGAGUGGUUGCGUCAUGUGUUGAAUUUUGGCGUGAAUUUGUCAUUUCAUCCCAUGUCAAGUUUUUUGCCUAGACAAAACAUAUUCGACAACUAUUAGUCCGACAGAACCAAUAUACCUAUACUUAGACAGGACACAGGACAGAUAUUUCAACAGAACAUACAUACAUCGAUACAUACAUACAUCGAUUGGUAAUACUUUCUACGAUUAUCCAAAAUAAUAAAAUGUAGGGUAAGUGAAAACCUUUAUGACGACGUCGUCAUCGUCACUUAAUGCAAAUUGCAUGUUAGAAGUUGAUGAAACGACACAAUGUGCUUAAUUAUUGUUGUUUACUUAUGCAGUAUCUAUGUGAAGUGUUCUUAUUACCUAUGUAAGUUCUAUGUUAUUUGAUUUAAACCUAAACUAGAUAAUUUGUUAUUUUGGAGUAGGGAUUUUCAAUUCCGUUUUAAAAAAAAAUACAUGUAUAUUUUUUAUUCUUAAAAAUAUUUAAAGCCAUUUCGUUAUUCAUGAAAUCGGGUAGUAUCAAUUUUAGUGUUUCUUUUAAAAUACAAAUUGCAGUAUUUCUUCAAUACAAAUUUAUUUUUAUCAUGUUAGCUUCGCGUAGGUAUUUCUACGGUUUUCGUGUUUUAGGUAUUACUGUAACCGUGAUUGUGUAUAUUUGGUGUAUAGGCUUUAAUUAGUUGUAUUUCCAAAAAGUAAAAUUAUUUCUUGUUUAACUUUAUAACUAUAUUAUCGGUAUUACUUUUAAAAUUCAUAAUAGGUUUUUAAUAAUUUACAAUAUGAGCAUUAGU